UGAUCAUCAGCCGUGGCAAUGUCUGAAGCGAGAUAUUCAUUUCUGGGCCUCGAGAGGCUUCACGUGUUCGUGACCGGCGCAGGUGGUGGGAUCGGUGGUGCAGCUGUCAAAGAAUUUCUUGCCUUGGGGUGCCGUGUCACAGGGUUCGAUAAGAGGGCUAUCGAGAGCUCGAGACUAUGUUCGAGCCCGGAAGAGCAGUCCAGAUUCAAUACCGUGCAAGGUGAUCUGACUGUUGAGGAGUCUAUUGCUGCUUCUUUCCGGUCUGCAGUCGACAGGUUUGGCCCAGUGAACAUUCUCGUGGCCAACGCAGGGAUUACCGAUGAAAGUGCUCAUCCGCCAAUCUGGGAGGUCGAUGCCGCGCUUUGGGAUAAGGUGAACACCAACAAUGUCAGGGGCACAUUUUUGACUGUCAAGCACUUCUUACGCUCGGUAAAACAAGCCCAAGAAAAGCAGGGCGGCGAACUUGACAACGUCGCUAUUGUCAUCACAGGCUCGGAGACCGGCAAGUUUGGUCAGGAAGGACACUCGGAGUAUGCCUCGGGAAAAGCAGGUCUGCAAUAUGGCCUUGUCCGAACAGUCAAGAACGAGAUUGUCAGGUUGAACUCGAAAGCUCGCAUCAACGCCGUAGCGCCUGGUUGGGUCAAUACUUCACUCAUUGGGGAUCGCCUUGACGAUCCCAAGGAGAUGUGGUCUGAAUGCCAGGCAACGGUUGCUCUCCGAAAAAUCUCAGAGCCCGAGGAUGUGGCGCGAGCAAUGGCAUUUUUAGCCAGCCAUCGGGCUGCAGGCAACAUAUCUGGAGAAUGUGUCUCCGUAGAUGGCGGUAUGGAAGGCAGGCUCAUUUGGCGGGAGGAGCAGGUACUCGGUUCAGGCUCCAAGCCUGGCAGUAGCGGAAGCGCGAUUCAGACGACGACUAUUCCUACGUCUUUGAGUCCGCCAAAGAGACAGCGGCGUUUGCGAAUCUGUCUGUCUGUUGAUUUUGACGCCAUCUCAGGAUACCUGGGCACCGGUCAUGACCCCAACAACACGCUUGCCGACUACUCGGCGGGUGUUUUCAGCGCCAAUGUCGGUGUUGGCAGACUGCUGGGUUUGUUCAAGAAACACGGGAUCUCUGACAAGCUCACCUGGUUCGUGCCCGGUCACAGUCUGGAGACAUUCCCAACCCAGGCACAGGAGAUAGUGCAGAGUGGUGCGGAACUUGGACUGCAUGGGUACAGUCACGAAGGGGCCUAUGCCAUGACCGUUGAACAAGAAAAAGAUGUGCUCGAAAAGUGCAUCGAGAUCAUCACGAAACUGAAGGGGGGAAAGCGACCGGUGGGAUAUCGGGCACCGUUAUAUCAAAUUCGCGAGACCACGGUACGGCUACUGCAGGAUCACGACUUUCUGUAUGAUAGCAGCAUGAACGCACAUGACGCACUCCCUUACUUCCUGCCUAAGCCAUUCCCCGAUGAGCCACCGCAUGUGCCUGAUUACAGCAAAGAUGCCAAAAGCUGGAUGGUACCAACGCCUGUUCCACAACAGCCUGAGGCAGGUUCGGCAGAAGCAGAGAGAGCGCUUGUUGAGAUUCCAGGAAGCUGGUAUACCGAGGACAUGACACCGCUUGGAUUCUACCCGUAUGCAGCCAACACGCAAGGCUACAUUAGCGUCGAUGUAGUCGAAAAGAUGUGGAUUGAUCGAUUCAACUGGAUCUGGGAGAACGAAAGCUGGUUGGACGAGGGUCCUGGCAAAGGAUAUGGAUCCGUCUAUCCGAUGAUCUGGCAUCCGGAAUCAGCUGGACGUGCACACAUUGUCGGCAUGAUUGAUCAAUUUAUUUCCAAGCUGGUGGUACGAAUGAAAGAAGCCGGCGAAGGAGAGAUUACCUUUGAGCCCAUGGAAAGUGUGGCUCGAAGCUGGAAACAACGAACAUGA